UAUGUGAUGAAGAUGGAGAUUAGGCCUCUGUUGAUGUGCUUUGCUCUGUGCGUGGUCUACGCCACCAGCAAACCCACAGAAAAGAAGGACCGUGCCCACCACGAUGCACCACUGAGCAGCAAAGAGCAUGACGACGGCACAAACUUUGACUAUGACCACGAUGCCUUCCUUGGGGAGAAUGAAGCUAAGACGUUUGAUGACCUGACCCCAGAGGAAAGCAAGAAUAGGCUUGGUAAAAUUGUGGAUAAGAUCGAUGCAGACGAGGAUGGCUUCGUCACAGAGGCUGAGCUGAAAGCAUGGAUCAAAAAGGCUCAGAAGAAGUACAUCUAUGACAAUGUGGAAAGACAAUGGAAGGAUUUUGACAUGAAUAAUGAUGGCAUGAUCUCCUGGGACGAAUACAAGAAUGUCACAUAUGGCACCUACCUUGAUGAUCCUGAGUCUGAUGAUGGCUACAACUACAAGCAGAUGAUGGCUAGAGAUGAACGGCGCUUCAAAAUGGCUGAUGGAAAUGGAGACCACAUCGCUGACAAAGAGGAGUUCACUGCUUUCCUCCAUCCUGAGGAGUAUGAACAUAUGAAAGACAUUGUUGUGUUGGAAACUAUGGAGGAUAUUGAUAAGAAUGGUGAUGGUUUUAUCGACCUGAAGGAGUAUAUUGGCGACAUGUACAACCAUGAGGAUGAAAUGGACGAGCCAGAAUGGGUGGCGACAGAGCGAGAGCAGUUUUCAGAGUUUAGAGACAAGAACAAGGAUGGGAAGAUGGACAAAGAUGAGACCAUGGACUGGAUCCUGCCGGCUGACUACGACCACGCAGAAGCCGAAGCCAAGCAUCUGGUGUACGAGUCUGACACGAACAAGGAUGGCAAACUCACCAAAGAGGAAAUACUCAACAAGUACGAUUUGUUUGUGGGAAGUCAAGCGACUGACUUUGGGGAGGCUUUAGUUCGACAUGAUGAGUUUUAAUUCUUUUUACUAGUAUAAUAGAUCAUUACUUUUUAACUUGUUUUGGUAAAUGGAUAUAAUUUAUUUUAUAUUGCUUCACCAUAAUACAACAUUAAUUCUUCAGAUUUAGUUCACUUGAUAGAUUGUUUUAAUUUUUUGCACACGGAAAUGCAUUCAUGUUGACGCUACUUAAAGGGAUAGUU